ACUGGCGGCAGAGGUCGCGACUCAAAGAGGCGCUCUCCUCCUCGUCACCAACGAUGGGAUGAAGUCGCGGCUUCUGCUAGUUUGCCUUAUCGCGCGACGCAGUAUUCGCGAUCACUCGCGAUUAACGCGGACCGUGUACUGUCAUUAUCAUCUGUCAUCAUCGGUCAUCAGCGCAGUCGACACGAGUAUCUUGCGGAAGGAACACGACGAUCCAAAAUAGCCGGGAAAACACAGACGUUUUUCACGACGGUGGGCGGUGUCAGGUUAGGUUCCCGAUAAGGAACAACGAGAAAGCCGCCAAGCUGGCGAGUCUAACGAGCUGCGUGUCGACGAUGAUGGACGACGAGGAGCAGGAGGAACUCCGCUGCACCGGCAGCGACGUCGAGAUCGAGGAAUACACCGACACCGAGGAGUCGCCAUAUGUCGCUUAUCAGGCCGGUGGCGAUAAGCUGUUCGAUACCGAUCGCGAAAACUGGCAGAAGCUCCGCUUCCUGGCCACCCUUGUGUCCGUUGCAAUAUCAGUUACCGUCCUCGUUAUCACGUAUCCGCUUUAUCUCGAGAGCGUUGCCGCUGUCUCCAGCGCUUAUACAGGACUCCUUUUCACUGCCCUGUGCUCCGCCUGCAUUUUGGGGAUAGUGUACUUUGUCGUGGACAGAGUGUCGUCGCCGCCGCCGCUGAUACCGAAGAGCAUGCGAGUCAGGAUACCCCGCUGCGGCCUGAUCAAAAUAAGCACUCUAUAUGCUCUUUCGGGUAUCCUAGUCACCCUAUCCCUCGAUCAGAAUAGAGUACUGUGCCACUUACAGGAUCCAAUAAAGGGCAUUACUCUCGUCUUUUCCCUCGUCUAUUACUUCUUCUUUUGUCGGAAAAUGAUGAGUCUGCAGCGAAUAUUUUCGAGCACGACCAUAAUAGUGGGUCUAUUCAUAAGCGUCGAUUAUGGUCUUUGCGACGAGUUUCGUUGUCGUGGACGGGAGGUUUCCUCGCAUACGACGGCCGCUGGUAGGGGAUCCUGGGGCGUCCGAGCAGUCUGGACGUUCGUUUACGUGGGCGCCCUCGCCACCUUCGCUAUGUUUUUCACCUUGCUCGAGCAGCAUUACACCACUGGGCAACAAAACGUGUGUCAAAUGUUGACGACGCAGCACAACUCGUUCUUGUACACGGUGUCCCGCCUGGUGUCCUCUCGUGAUAUUCGUCGUCGUGGCUCGGAAGAGGAGGGCGGUCGACUGCUACACGUGACCGAUCCGGAUCCCACGAUAAAACCAAAGAGCUACCCCAAGCCACCGGUGAUGCAAACUCUCUUUUACAUACAUGUCAUCGCUUUUUUUGCCAUCUUGACGUUCUGCUGGCUCGACACUUUGCCCGGCAUCGGCAGGGGUUUAUCGCCCGUAGAAUUGUACCGUACCGUCGAGCAGGGACUGAUAUGCCAUUUUAAAGGCGGCAAACUAUGCUCGAACGUUUCCAGCCACGGAUGGACUUUUCUAUUUGCUUACAUCGUCUUCUCGAUCUCGAUCCUCAACUUCCUGUCUUUGUGCGAGAGUGCAGUAUUUAGCGUGGCCACCGCGACCGUGUCGCUUCCGUUGUCAGGUAUUUGGUGGAGUAUUUACAGGAUGAACGUCGACAUACAUGGAGGUUCCAUCUCCUGGUCGCCAGGAGUGACGGGCGAGCUGAUCUGCGCCUUACUUGGUCUUCCCGUUGUGCUGCUGGGUCUCGGUUUGCUCGUCAGAUCGCACUUCAGAGACACUCAGCUUCCUUACCAGACUAUUCAGCCGCCCGAUAUUCAGCCGCACGAGCCUUGUCACAGAUGAAUCUCUCUGUGGCCUCAUUGGUGUCAUUUGGUGUGGCCUCGCCACCUAGUCCAUGCUAACGGUGAUCCAUAUAAAUGAAUUCUGAUUGAUUCGACGGAACGAUGAAAUAAAUCGUUCCUCUCACGUCGAAUUGAUCGGAACGAACGAGACAAAGUUCACCGAGCCGGAAUAAUAAUGUUAUUGUUGUAUACUUGACAGAUAUAUUUUAUCGACUGUUUUCAGACUACACCGAUGUUCUUCCUUCGAUCGCGAGAUCACGAAGGUAAAAUAUUGACUCGCAUUUAUAUUUUGCCAAUCUGCAUACAAGAUUACAAAUUUCACUAAUGUCAGUUAUCUCCGAUCACAAUUUAAUUAAUUUUCUUUUUUUUUUAAGAUAGAGAAAAUUAGAAGAAAAAUAAAACAAAAUAUUAAACUUUUUAUUACUAAAGAAAUAUCUAUUACUAAAUCAAUGUAUUAUAUCUUUUAUUUAAUUUAAUCAUAAUCAUUGUCCAUACAUGUAUGUGUAAAUUAAUCGUUGACAUUAUUCAAUUUAGAUUGAAAUCAACGGGGCAAGAAUUAUAAUGAUGUAAUGAAUUAACAAUAGUUCAACUGACAUUGGUGAAAAAUGGCCGAAGAUUUUUGAACGGCUAUAUUGUGUUAAAUGCAAUUUAUACGCUCGCGCGUCCGCAAAUUUCAUUUUUUCAAAUGUGGAAAAAUAAGAUUGCGGCGAGCACGCGUUUUUGUGAUAAGGAAUAGCGCCCAUAUAUCUGUAACUUCCUUUAUCGUGAAAAAAAAUACGGAUAGUGCAUGAGAAAAGAAGAAGAGAGCGAUAAAUGUUUUCUAUGUAUUUGCCAAACGUAAACGCGCGCGCGCGACAACGUUAUAGCCGAUUUAUAUUUUAUUUUGAUAUAACGAGAUGUUUUAUAUAUUUUUUUGAACAAUUUCAAACUAUACGUGUAUUGAAAAUUGAGUAUAGAAAGAUAAGAAAGACAAAAAUAUAAGCGGAAAGUACUUUUUUUAGCUGCGAAUCUGCGCGCACAGGAGCUCCUUUAGCUAAGAAUAUUGCACUCUCGCUUAGUUUCCGAACUCGAACGUGAUCAUUAUUGAGAAAAAAAAAAAAGCUAAAAGUGAGAUAUGAUAUAUUUUAAUUAUUUGUCUAGUCACUACGAGCGUCUCUCUUUCGUUAUUUAAAACAUACGCGUUUUUCUAGAAAUAUAUGUAACUCUCGGAUGAGACGUUGAAAAAGAGAAAAUCUGAUAAGACGAUGAAUUGAUAUAACUUUAUUGCAAUUUUUCGUUAUAAAUCGGAAAAUUGAGUUGAAUUUGAAAUGACACUUUGGCACUCAUAAGUCAAUUUAGGUAAUCUUUGUUAAAUUAAUCUGCAAGAGUUUAUUAGACAUAGUAUCGUUGAAUAAAUGUAAGAUAUGAAUGUUAUGAGAAUAGAAAGUACAGAGAUUUCCUCGAUGAAGUAGAAUUAUUGAAAAUUGAAUCGUCGACAGUUUAAAUUUUUUGGCGAUUCACGAUUGUGUGUUUCAUACUCGAGCCAGUUUCCUGCAACAUUCGCAGUUCCUGUGCGCGCGGAUUGUACGCGAUAGAGCGUAGUGUAUUUCGCCCAAACUUGCGAGAAGGCAGUACUAUAUCUGCUGCACAAAUUUGCAGCCUCCACUUUAGCGUAUCUCCUCCACAAUGGGAGAACACUAAAGUGGUAAGCGCGCGAGCGAGAUACGUGCGCACGCGUGCGUAUGUGUGUGAUAUCUCUCCACGACGUUCCAUUAAUGCGAUAGACAUUAUUUUAUCGCAAACUUUAGCGCACAAACUGUUACGAACUAGUACGUCCUGGCCGUGAGCGAUAAAUAGCGUUUGCCCUGUAAAACUUUAUCGUGGAUGAAAAGUUUCCAAAUCGCGUUAACCGCCCGUUUACGACGCGCCGUUAGCAAGAAUUCCCAGCAAGGCAUGUCUUCCGUCUCGUCAAUCAGAGUGCCAAUUACCCAUGAUUAUACAUUUUUCCAUGUAUUUUUAAGUCUUCCCCCUAUGAAGAAUAUCUAUUUUACAGAUAUAUA